UUUAUUUUUUUGCUCAUUCCCCGAAUUGAAGCAUAGACCAAAAAUCUGAAACCGUGACAGCCCGACACUGACAUAAAAAUUUUGAUCGUAAUAAAAGGAAAUAUUUUUUGUAAAUAAUCUCUUUAUAAACACUUAAUUAAACAUGUCGGAUAACCAAGAAUUAGAUAAAGCGAGCGCUGACCCGGAAUUAGAAGAUUUAUUAGACAGUACCCUCGAAGAGAUGACAAAGAAGCAGCAGUCAGCAGCCUCAACAGCUGAAGGUCCCAGCAACGUGCCGUCCAACAUGUGGAGUGAGGAGUUCAUCAAGGAAGCCGCUGCACAGUUCGAGAGUAACAUGUCGGCUAUACUGAGCAGCUUUAGUGGGGUGCCUGAGGACCAAAUAACACAAGAACAGAUUGCCCAGACAUUCACAAAAAUGGCAGAGGCGGCGGCUCACGUGCUGAAGCCGGACGGCACGUCAGAGGAGGUGGCCGCCCUGCCCCCGGCCGCAGCCGUCGAUCCUGAUGUACAGACCAAUAUUGAUGAGGUAUCCGCAGCUAUUUCACAGACAUUGAAAAAUUUGAACACAAAUUCAGAAAAUCUGAACACACCGUUUUCUGACCAAGAUCUCGCUAGCAUGUUCAACAAUUUAAAUUUCGGUGAAGGACAGCAAGAAACAAACAUGUUCGUGCCGUUCAUGCAAGGCAUGAUGCAGUCUCUCUUAUCUAAAGAGGUAUUAUACCCGUCGCUUAAGGAUUUAGUUGACAAAUACCCCACGUGGUUAGCUGAGAAUAAAGGCAAGAUUGAACAGAGUGAAUAUGAGAGAUUCGAGAAACAGCAGAAGUUGAUGGAACAGGUCUGCAGCGAACUGGAGCCUGAACAGGAGUCAGACCCUGACGAUGUCAAGAGGAAGAGGUUCGAAGUCGUACUCGACCUUAUGCAGAAGAUGCAAGACCUAGGCCAGCCCCCGACCGAGCUCGUGGGAGACAUCGGCGUCCCCCCUCACGGGUUUGCAGCACCCGCGCCCGACGCCUCGCAGUGCUGCGUCAUGUAAGAGAGGCCUGAUUGAUUCAUACUUGAUUGGUUCAUAAAUGAUUGAUUCAAAACUUCAACGUUUUAUUUACGACCGACCCGGGUUUGUGCGGGUAUUUUAGCAAUUAUUAGGUUCUAUUAACUAAUGAUAUGUAUUUAUAGAAAAAAAUAUUGAAAGUUGACAAAAUAAUAAAGAUAUUAUAUUUACAGUGUUUGCUGAAUUUCGACUUAAUUAUAUUUGAUUGUUUUCUAUACAAAAACUUGCUUAAGGAAGGGCAUACAUGUCAUUGGUUGAUUGUACCUAAAGUUAAAUUAUGAAUUAUUCUGUCUGUUUGAUGAAAAUCUGACCAGUUAUUUUGAGUUCGGCUUAUACAGACACAAGUAGUUAUUUUGCACAAAUAUUUACAAUAACCAAAAGCAUAUUAAUUUUUAAUGUGUUUGGUUAUUUUAAGUAUAGUAAAUAAAAAGAAGACAGCAAAAAAAACUAUGAUUGAUUCAAAUUAUCAACCUUAGCCUGUUAUUUGAAAGCUAAAAGUUUAUUUAAAAUUGAUUAACUGAAUCAAUCAGUUUUGAAAAGCGUUUGUAAAAAUUAUGGUUUUAAUGAAUAUGUGUGAAAGUACUGCCAAUGUAUCAAUCAGUAAGAUGAUUGAUAACUGAAAGUUGGAGCCUUAUAGAUGUAGUGAAUGAUUGAUAAAGCUUUGUAAAGAAUUUUACUAAUGAGCACGUGAUUGAAUGAUUCAAAAAUAUGGUGUGAUUGAUUCAAAUCAAUUUCUCAAUAUUACAAUACAACAAUGUAUUAAUGUUUUUCUACGCUAUGUAGUGAAAAUUAAUCACAGUAUCAACUGAUUGAUUCAAUCAAUCACGAGUGAAAUGUCUGCUUUUCCCCAAAAGGGGCGUGAUGAUAUAGAUUUAGAAUAUUUAAAUAAAAAGGUUAUUAUUUAAAAAAAUAUAUGUUUGUUUUAACACAAAAAAUCAUGUCGAAAUAAUGUGAUCUAAUUUGAAAAAUAAAUCAGAUACAUAGCAUUUAUCAUCAUCUGCCUAGCCUUUUCCCAACUAUGUUGAGGUUGGCUUCCAGUCUAACCGGAUGCAGCUGAGUACCAGUGCUUUACAAGGAGCGACUGUCUAUCUGACCCCCUCAACCCGGUUACCCGGGCAACCCAAUACCCCUUGGGAAGACUGGUGUCAGACUUACUGGCUUCUGACUGCCCGUAACGACUGCCCGUAACGACUGCCAAGGAUGUUCAAUGACAGCCGGGACCUACAGUUUAACGUGCCCUCCGAAACACUGUUAUUGGUAUUCAAGAUAUACUUAGCAUAUAUGCAUAUUAAAUUAGUAAAAAAAGACAUUAUACCUACAAUUUACAUACAAACAAAAUAGAUAAAAAUAUGUUUAAAUUCAAUAGAUACCUUUUGAUUCUAAUUAAUUUAUGUCUCAUAAAUAUUUUUUUUUGCUUCUAAUUCAAAACAAAUUAUGUAAAGAAAUUUGUAGGGUAUCGCUAGGUUAAGCAAUACAGCCGAGGCCAGCCUAUGGAUGGGUGAAUCAUUUGUCAAAAGUUCGAAAUAAUCCGCCCACUUAUUAUUGUGAUUUCGACGAAUUGAGAACCUCCCUUUUUGGGAAGUCGGUUAACAAGUAGAGUAUUUCACAAUAGGCACAUUAUUUAGACAUGGGAUAAAGUGCAAUUCUAUCAAGUUUUAAAAUCACAUUAUUUAUGUUAAAUAGUGACUAAAGAUUUGUAAAGUUUAAGGUUUUAUCAUAAAUAUGUGAGUAUAAAAAAUUUUAAAAUGAAACCGACCUUAUCUAUAUACCUAACACCUUCUCUGGACACACAUUAUGCUGAAAACCUCAUCAAAAUCGGUUUAGCCGAACGUGAGAUCAUCGAACACAAACUUACCUACAUACGUACAGGUCAGACUGAGAAACUAUUUUUUUAAGUCGGUUAAAAACACAGAAAAUCAGUAAUUUGACAAAAAAAAAUUCUUAACUGAACCCAAUUAUAUGACCAGAAUUUAGAAUAGUCUAGCCUAAAAAACAAUACAAAUAUCCUUGUUGAAAACCUGCUUUUUGCUGAGUCGGUUAUAAACGUAAUAAUGCAAUGCUAUAAAGGCACAGAGGACGACUCAACCUUAUUUCCUUUUUAAUGUAUGUAAAUAUUAAAACCUUAAAUUAAACCGAAUCUUAAGUCACUCAAUGUUUUAAGUGUUCCAGCACCUUUGCGUAACUAUCUUAGAUUUAGAAAAAACUAUAUGACUGCGUUCCGGAAUAUAUCUCAGUCAUCAUCCUCCGAGCCCUUUUCCCAACUAUGUUGGGGUCGGCUUCCAGUCUAACCGGAUGCAGCUGACUACCAGUGCUUCACAAGGAGCGAAUGCCUAUCUGACCUCCUCAAUCCAGUUACCCGAACAACCCAAUACCCCUUGGUUAGACUGGUGUCAGACUUAAUGGCUUAGUAAGAAAAACAAAAGAUAGAAUAUUGGAAAAUGGCAGUUUAUUUGUGACUCAGAUAUAUUUCGGAACAUAGUAUAUAUGUACGUAUCAAGCAACAUACAAAGUGACAUACCUAAUCACAUUAAAUUAAAUACGUUAAUAUACUGGUUAAUAUAUGAAAUAAAUAGAAAAUGUGCGAGAAUUAGAACACUAUAUAAGAGUCAGUCACUGCAAACAACUGAAAUUCUCCCUUGAAAACUGACAGCUGUCAACUGGUCAAAACAUUCAAUACUCCUAACUUUAUCUCCGCUUUACACAUGAUGUUGUAAAUUAUGAAAACGAAAAAUGACUCCCGUGGCUAAACCACUGAAUGGAUUGGGUUAUUUUUUACAAUUCGCCGUAGAAUAUCAUAAAGUAUAUGUGAUAGGAUUUAAUAUGAUUAGGUACGACACACCCGAUAUAUCAUUGAUAUAAAGAUAUAUAUUGAAUAUAAUGCAUUUUUAUACUGUAGGAACUGUAUUAAUCGGGAUUUUGUGUUUUUUUUUAGGAUUUUAAACUGGUAUAUUACGUUUGAAGGGCUGUAUUUUAAAUAGUUUAAAUUAAAUUUAGGUUACAAUGCGAAAGAAGAACCAAACUCACUGACUUAAGUCUCGUACUCAUGGUAAACAUUUAUUUGUAUGUAUAGCAACUGUUGAUCAACAUAAUUGUUGAGCAACAAAUAUGUUGCUUCGAAAACACGGAGUAAGGAAAGACGAACGAAGAUGCCAUAAGGCAGGUAGGUCAGGAGCCUAUAUCAAAUGAUCUUCUAGCUCAAAUACAGACGGCGGACGAGACCAAAACGAUCCGUUACGAGAGCAAUAACGAGGCGUUCAAGUUAUUUGACACAUCUGUUGAAGAUUUUUCGUUUUACAAAAAGUGGGCCAGUUUCAAAGAAGGUGAAUGAUAGCGGAGCUAGUAACGUUCCUCGUCCCCCGAACACCCGCAUGUUGUCGCGCUACUUUCUUAGGAGAUUUUGCGUUAUGACAUCUCCGCUAGUCAUUUAGUUCUCUUUGAGCGAGAACUUGUCAACUGUCAUUAUCAACUCGACAACAUGUUGGUAGCAACAUAGCAACACGUAGAUGCAACUUUAUAAACAAAAGUUUACCAUUAAUACGGGGCUUUAUUUUCGCAUAACAUUUAUCAUUAUUCUGUAUUUUCAGUUCCACAAAUUGUAAAUGGUCGAGUGCCAAUAUAUUCUUUAAUUUAAUUUUCAUGGAAACGAAAAAUUUUAUAUUGAAAAGUAUAGUUCCUAUAUCGGCAGCGAUUUAUUUGAAAAUGAAAAGGAAUUUUUGUGAGUUAAAUUAAAGAAUCUAUAAUUUAACUAAAAGGGAUGAGAUAAAUAUGUAUUUUGACUGAAUGGUUUAUUUAUUAAAACACGAAAUUUAUUUACUAGAGUUGUAUAAAUAUCUAAAUAAAUGCGGUAUUUUCAGCAAUAUGCCCCAAAAACCAUUUGGUCAAAAUAAAAAUAAGUUUAUAUGUGGUGGUUUGUAAAAUCCAAUUAUUUUAUAUUUAAGACUUUUGAUUGAAAAUAAAGGAUAUUCAAUUAUACGAAAUGAGUACCUACAGCUGUGCUCGAUACUAAGAAAAUGCAAAAAAGUCUAAAAAAAAUAAAAUGUGUAAUAGCACAAAAAUGUAUGAAAUGAAGAAAGCUGAAAUUCUACCAAUCUGGUAGAAAAACAUAAAGAUUGUGUAUUAUAAUUAUUGUUUGAUUAUUAUUAUUUAUUAAUUGUUUCUUAAUAAUAAAAAAAUACAGUUAUCA